AUGACAGCAUACGGUAAACAUAAAUCAGAGGGCGGUGAAAGUGAAGCUAUUGUAAAAUACACAGUUCUGGAGUGUUGUGAAGUAGUAUGAGAGGUCAAAAAGGUGGUAAGAACGCACAGAGAGAAAAACUUACACCAAAAAACAGUUCACUUAUUGGCAUUCAUCUGUCUCGAAAAACUAUUGAGUUUAUAAAGGGAUUGUUACAAAUAAAAUAAAGUAGAUGGAUUUCUGCAUUCUCUCAAAAUGGAUGGGUUUGAGGAGACCCACAGCCAUGCUUACAUAAGAAGGGGCUUUUUGAGCUUUUUAUGUUGAUUGGUUGAACAUAUCUAACUGCUGUAUUUUAAGUAAUGUUGAAAAAGAUAUUAUCUUGAAAUAUGAUUGCAGGGGAGGAGAUACAGAAUACAGCCUUUUACUUCACAGCUUGUUUUCCGUUGCUUUCAAAAGCUCCCAGAUUCGCCUGCUCACUUCUUCACAAGUACAACCCAGACCCAAAAGAAAAAUCAACAGGUUGUAUCCAAUACUAGUCCUAUACAAAGUAGGCCCAAUGAAGUUAACAGAUGUAUCUAACUUAAGCUUCAUUAAUUUCAGCAGGUGUGUUCUGAGAAGAGCUUUGCUUAAGGAGAAGGGCGUUAAUUAUAAGAAGUUUUUUUUAAGGGCAAGCUACAAAUUCAGUUGGGUGGAGCCAGCCACUGAUGUCAUAAAGCCAGUGGCAAGAAUGUUCUAGAAGUGUGCUUGGCAGGCCAAACAUCAGAUCUCGUUAAGCUCUCUGCCCUCUUAUCUCAAGGAACCCUUUCAGUUCCCAUUUACCUGCUUCCACAAACGGCAAGAACCAAGGGAGCCCUCCACCCCACCAAACCAGAAAUAGGCAGGUGAAGAAAACUGACAAAGAAACGGGGAAGAGCCGUGAGCCCAAAAGUGAUGAAGCAACAGUUUUUCUAAUCGAACGAACUGAGGCCUUCAUCCUGCAAACCCCAAGUGUGAGUGCUCCCCAUUAUCAACCUCAAUCUGGACAUGGGCAUGAGGGUGGGUAGAGUUGGAGGGGAAAGGGGGUGUUGUUGCUGUAGAAACGGGGAGAAAACGAUGCAGGGGGAAGGAAAGGGCCUCCGGUUUAGAGAUAGUGUCUUCUGGUGCCGUGCUGAUUCAUGAGCUUUAAUCAGAUCUCUGUUUUCUUUCCCCACCCGUAUCUUUUGUGGGUGCCUGUUGCUGUUUUUUAAAGAAUUUAUCUUUCAUGUCUGAGCUGGGUUUCCCCACCUUGUUGCUCUGCUGUAUUGGAAGGGGGAAAAAUACAUAUUUAAAAGCAAAGUACUCUCCUAUGAAACCUGUCUUUGCUCUCUUUUCAGCGAUAAGUGUCAAUCUGUGCAAAAUUCUCUGUCCCAACCCCAAAUUAAAGUUCCAAAUAGAGCCUUGUUCCCACAUUAACAUUUUGCAUUCUGUGCCUGCCCCCUUGAUUCCUUCUCGUGCCACACAGCUCUGGUGUUGUUACUCAGGGCCAACAACAUUCAUGGUUGAAAAUAACGUGUAUCGUGAGGAUAACUUCCCUCAGCAGGCCAGCCAUAGAGUUCACUACUUGAUGGCUCUUUUCUGGUUCUUAGCUGGCAUAGCCUCCAACAUUUCUCCCGAUGAAAAUAGGGACAUCGUAAGGAAAAGCAGGGCAUUCCAGUAUCAAAUCUGAAACUGAGACGGCUUCUGUAAAUUUGGGACUGUCCUUGCAAUAUAGGGACACUUGGAGGGUCUGAACUGGCGGCUUGCUACAUAAAGUUAUGUGGCCUUGAAAUGACCACUUGGGCAAGUUUUGUUUGAAUUCUCCUCAGGAUGCAAAUAUCUGACCAACUCACAAAGGCCAGACGCUUGCCCUUUAUGCUCCUGCAGUCUCAUCUGAUCAGAAUAAAACUCGUAUGGACGUGAGUUGGUAGGAGUUUUGUGACCCAUAGCAGCCUCUGUCGACUGCCAAGCAUUCCAAGUGGAAAAUGGGCUCCAGUAUUAAGAAUUUAUUUGCUGGCUGUGGGCCCCUCUCUCUGAUUCUUGUCCUACAGGCACUUUUAACAAUGCAGAGGAGCUGCUUGAUCAUUGGGAAGUUUGUGUGCUGAAGGUGCUGAGCUGUGCACAGCUCCUUUGGCUAAGCUUCUGUGUAAACAUCAUCUGUUGUUAAUUCAGUCCAGAAUUUUUGCAAACAAAAUUUUCAUUUCUCUUUCCCUCUCAACACAACCUCCCCUCCAUCCACAAACCUGCCUUUUUCUUUUUCGUCUUCUCUCUCAAUUAUUAUUUACAUUCUUAGAAGGGAAGAUUUUCAUAUGCAAAUGACAAGAGCUAUUUGAACAAGGUGCAAAGAUUCCCUUUAUGGUAUAAUAUUAUAUCCUGGCAGCAUAUAUUGGAGGAGCUCCACAAUGCUGGAUGUGGACAUAAGAGAUGCUGACCAGUCCAAUAGGUACUUCAGAAAAGAAGCAAAGUGGAAAAUGAGAGAGAGGGGUGGACAGCCAGGAAGUAACACUGAGCUGAUUUGGAUUUAACAUUGCCCACCCUUUCCCAUGUUAUUUCAUAUGUGAAUGUAAGGAUCCAAACCUGCGUAUUGUGAAUUGUGGCUUGAAACACAGCAGGGCUAUUUGGGCCUCAAAAUAAUUGUUUAUAAUUUGAUAUCUAAAGGAUAGGGUGGGUGUUUGGGUUCCAAAGAUGGCAUGAAAGAUUCCAAAUGAAGGUGUGGUUGCUGGAAAAAUCAGCUUCCAAAACUAAUGUACUAUUUUGUUUAGCUGGUUGGAUUGUAUUGGUUGGAUUGUAUUGUUGGUUUAACAAGAUAGAUUUUUAAAAAGAGUUAGCACUUCCUAGUAAAACUGCCUGAAUGUGAUGCAAAGACAUUUGGGUCAUAAUUUGGAGAUGUUGAACCAAGCUGAACAUAAUGGGUAUCUAAAUCAAAAGCCUACCAGCGGGCUCAUCAAACCCCCUGGUUCUGCUGCAUGCAAACCAGGUGGUGGUGGGUUGUCAAGGCCAAACUGGAGGACUCUCAGGAAGAAUUGAUGGAUCACAGGUUGUAUAGUGCCUGAGCUAAGCCAUAACCUUUCUCUUUCCUUGAUGUGCUUGGUUUCUAAAGCCAGAAAAUGUAUAUGUGUGGGGGUGGGGAGCAGUCAAACCUAAUCAUACACCAGUAUAGCCUGAACUAGCACACCAUAGCAAGAGUUGCACCAUGUGAUUCUGUGGAUCAUGUUGCUUAGCUCUUAGAGAAGGUCCUGAGGAGUAGGACUCCUAAUAAGAAAAAAAUAAAAAAAUAAAACUUGCAAGAUUUAGGAAAUAACAAGCAGAAUGACCGUGAGAUCACAUUGCCGUGUCCAUCUUCUCUUCUAGAAGGGCUUUAACAUCCCUUAUCAAGAUAUGUCAGAAUUUGGACUGCAGGUUCUCCAGGGUAGGAUAGAACUUAUUUCUAAUCAGUGCACAGUGCAUAACUAUGGUACCCUCUAAUUAGUAAAGCACUUAUCUCCUUAAGCCAAAUGAAAUACAGCAAGCACCAGCUCUAUUGGGGUUAUACCAUUGUGCUGCAUUCCGUUAUGUGUGUGAAUCAGGCCGGAGUGACCUGUUGCGAUGCAAGGGUUUCUGCUUAUUUUUGCACUAGAGGUCUGCUGGAGCAAGCUUCAAGGAACAGAACAGGCUAUAGCUUUUCAGUGACAAACUGCUCCCCAAGAAACUUAAGUGGCAGAACAUUCAGGGCGAUCUGAAGAGUGUAGCUCUUCACACAACCCAACACUAAUGAGUGGAGUUCACGACCACAAGGUGUGAUGAUGGUCACCAGUUAAAUGACUAGAUGGUUAGGGAAAUUUGCAGAAGAUAGGUCUGGCGAUGACCAUGACGGCUAUAUGGAAUCUCCAUGAACAUAGGCAGCAUGAUACUGAAUUCCCAUUGCAGGUGGGAAGGUGGGGAACAACAGUGAAGGACAGCUAUUUAUUACCUUCAUGCUCUGCUCAAAGACUUCCUGAUAGUAUCCCUACUAUGGGAAGUGGGAUGCUGGGCUUGAUGGACAUCUGACCUGGCAAAGUUGUCCCUAGUUUCUUAUCCAUUUACUGCAACAGAAGCAUUAGGACAGAGGCAGCCAACCUGUUGUUGAGUUCCAAGCCCCAUCAUAUCAGGCCAUAGACCACAUUGGCUGGAAUUGAUAGGAGCUGGAGCCUAACAGGUUAGCCACCCAUGAUUUAGGAGGUGGGACUUUCAUUAGGCAUUGACCUGCAAUGGAUGAUAUCCAGUGUUUGCUUGAAGGAGUGUUGUAUCCUUGCUUUGUAGGACUGGCUGUGCACCUAAGGUCUGGAGCAUCUCAGCACACCAAAGGGCCAGUUUCGCACAUGAGCCUUCAUGAGGGAUCUUGCUGCAGCUGGCUUUGCAAGGAAAACAGAAACCUUUCACGGGUCAGAAUGCUCAUUUGCAUCACAAAUGCCUGCCGCCCCCCCCCCCCCCCUUAUGCACAGUUAGGUGGCAUUGGCAUAAAUAGGAGGAGUUGGGCACAAAAUCAGUUUAAGCCUAAUGUGUGAAAGGCUUGACGUGCACACAAUUCAGGAUAGACAAUUAUGUUUCAUUCUGGAUUGUUUUAUUUGGUAUUUUAAUGUGUUGCUAAACACUUUGAGAUUUUUUUCUUAAAAAUAUAAAGCAGUAUAGAAAUGAAAUGAAUAACAAAAAUUAAAUUAAAUUGAAAAGUUGAUGAUUAUAAUAUAUAGAUGGAGUCAUAUAGAAUGUGGAUUGGCCCAGAGAGCACUAGCUGCUUUGUUCAUUGCAUUGAAACCAGAAGUCAGAGUGAUCCAGAAAUUCAGCAAAUGUUCCAGAACCUGUUACUUCUUCCAGUUGUUGCAAAGUAAUUUUUCCAAGAUUGGUUGUGUGCUUUCCCAGACGUACAAAACAAUACCAUUGGGCAAAUGACACUGUGCCCAAAUAUCUCAGGAUGUGGCCGGUUUGAGCUGCGUACACGAAAAAAUGAUGCAGAGGGGGGCCUCAGAAAUAAUUAGUUGGCGCUAAUCAGUAUGACAGGCCUGGGUUGUUUUUUUUAACAUCAUAUGGAAGAUAAGUCUCUGAUGCCUGAUUCUGUUCAGUUCUCUUCGAGGCUGUGAUAAGAAGGUGGUUGCUUUGUCAGGGUUACUCACUCUCUUCUGAGCAGUUUACUCAGCCCUGAGCUCGUUUAGAUAAGACAAACAUCUAAACGCCAUUUCCGGAGAUCCACGCCAUGCUUUGCACUCAGGCAAUGCUUAAACCUUGUGGUUGGUUACCAGAGACUGAAGCCAGUGAUCUCGAAAACAGUCUUUUAAAGGCUCUGCCGUAACCCUUUCUGAAUCUAUAUAAAAAUCCUCCCUUCCAGAGAAUCCCACCACCUCCGGUUCAGAGGAGCAGAAACAAUUAGUGCCUGCUUUAAUGUGCCUUGCAUUACUGGUUCCCUGCCUCAAACACUUACACAGACUUUCUUCGGGGCAGUGAGGGGUCUAGCAAAAUACUGUGCGUCAUGCAGGAAUCUUCCUCUUAUUCUGUUUUAUCCAGAUCAGUGCGGAACCUAAGAACAUGAGUUUGUGACAUUGCUGAUACAGAUACCAUAAAAAACAUCUAAAAAUAGUUUAAAGAACAGUGCAAAUUAAGCAUCUAAGGCAGAGAGCUUUUCAUCCAGCCGGAAAAUCCACUUUAAUUGCCUAAGCCUAAGGUUCUGGUAUGUGCUUGAAUCCUUCCUGGAAAAUGGCGACUGUCUGAGGGCACCCUAAGACUUAAGGAGGAGGAAGCUGACAGGCAGUGCCACCCUCUGGACUGGUUGUAAGAUAGAGGGCAGGCAGGUGGGGCAGGUGGCUGAUGUGGGCAGGCUGAGACCCCAAUGGGCCUCCACUAAGUUCCACCAUGACAGGGAGCGUUAGCACUUGCCUAGGUGCUGAAGAAGGAAUCUCUCUCUCUCUCUCUCUCUUGUCAAAGUCAGGUUGACCUAGCUGCUGCAUUGCACCCACUCUCGCACAGAGCAUCCACUGCCUCCGUCUCACAUGAGGGAGCUGCAGUCAAAUAUUAAAAAGGCAGCAGGAGCAUUAAAUUAUUCGCCAACAGAACACUGUCAUCCCUCCCAUAAAACUAUUUUGACCUGUAGUUUUCUGUGUUGUCUAUUGCUCUUAAAUGUGCAAUGAGAAAGGAAAUUAAAAAUUAAUCUUUAUUUCCAUCUCAGCAGAAAAACCUUAAUUCUCUGCAUUGAAAUUAUACUCAUAGUCCAGGACAAUAAAUUAUAGUUUUAAUUGCAGCUGGUCACGGCCAAUCAAACUGGCAACCCCCACCCCUGCCUGCCUUCUCUUUCUAGAUUUCACUCCUCUAUCCUAAAAAAAUUCAUGUAGUGAUGGAGAGAGAGAAAUACAAAAACCUAAGAAACCAGGACACCUGGCUUCAAAAGUAACUUUUUUUAAAAUCCUCUUUCCCUCCUUGUCCCCCACCCCACCCCCAGGAAAUUAGUCUGAGAGCUACAGGUCACAAGUUGCUCACAGUUUAUUCAGUGUUGCAUGCAGAUAUAACAUAUAUAGGUACUACUAAAGCACAAUUUAGUGUGAUGUUCUGAACUCUGCUCUCAGAGAGUGGAUAUUGGGAGACAUCAACAAGUCCUUCUUCAGCAGCUUUCCAGCAGAUAAGUGACCUAACCUCAGUGCAAAUGUACCGCUUAUCCAUACAUGGUGAAUACAAACCAUCAUUUCCCCAUCCACUUUAAACUAUAGUUUCAUACUUGUAACAAAUACUUAACCAUGGUUUCAAUAGCUAGAUUAACCAUGGUUAAUGAAAACAUUAUAGCUGCGUAAGACCUUAGCAUGGCCAUUUAGAUUGGUGUCAAAUCUUGGAUUCAGUUUUUGCUUUUUAUGAUAGUGGUUGAUGUUGUCUCUUCUAGGCUGUGUUGAUUCUGGCAUUUUGUGUGUGUUCCCCAUCUUUACAGGCUCUUGCAUAUGCACAGCUCACAGGCAGAUCCAGGGAAAGUCUCUUGUGUAUUUUGUCCCACAUAUUAUGGAGAUUUCCUCUCCUUACUCCCCACUUCUCUCUCUCUCUCUCUCCCACCCACCCUCUCUUUCCCCCCAUAUCAAUCAUUCCCCACCUUGAAAGCUUCCUUGGUUAACUGCUUAUUUCAAAAUCAUUAUUAAUGAAUUUGCUCAGGGAUUUUGGAAUUUAAUUAGCCUCUUUUGAACCGCUCUCUUACCGUGUUUGACUAGAGAAACAGAAAAUCCCUCCAUGACUUGUUUGCUUUCCUCCUCCUUUUUAUUCUCCGUCUAGAAGUGCAAAAAUAUAACCAGGGAGGGUGGGCUGUGUAUGUGUGUAUGUGUCAUUGGUUGUUUGGAGCAGUUCAUUUGGUUCAGUUUGGUGUUGCUUUUCAGGAUACAAAUUAGAAGGAUCCCUGGAAGCAAGCUACUUGCUUUCUGAGAUGAAGAGGCAAGAUAACAUUGCUUUUGGUAGAAGGCACAGAAACCUCAUUUUGCACAGCUAUAUAGCAUUUGUCAAGCUGAUGACAUGUUGGGACAGCCCCAUGGUUAUUAUGGCAGCCAUGAAGUCCCAAGCCAUCCCAGAGCUGACCACUUUGGCUGCAUUGGCUGAGCAAGAGGAAUACUGCGGCUGCAGUCCAAGCCUGUGCCUUCACUUAGUUGUUCCUCUUCCCACCCCACCCCACCCUCUCCGAUUCCCCUUGACAAAGGUAUCUGUCAGGAAGAGUCUCUUGCAAAGACAAUGGACACCCUUGAAAAACAAUGCACACCCUUCAGGUAGAUUACCAGUGAUUGCCCUUUUCAGGUGUGUUGCCUUUCCUUUAGCUUGGUGCGUAAGGAAAGUGGGUAAAUGCAGGUUCUCGAGUUCUGGUGGAUUUAUGUUAUAUAUCUUUGGCAGGGUACUUCCAUACAGGUGCAUAUUGUGAGAUCAGUGCUGCUCAUCCACACAAGCUUUCCAUUUAUUUAUUGCAUUUAUAUUUGACCUUUUCUCCAAGGAGCUCAAGGUGCUGUAUAUGAUUCUCCCUCUCCUCACUUAAAUCCCACAACAACCCUAUGAAGUAGGUUAGGCGAGAGACAGUGGCUGGUCCAAGGCCAUGAGAAGAGCCUGCUGGAUCAGACCAAUGGCCCAUUGAGUCCAGCAUCCUGGACUUACGCAGAGGUCAACCAGAUGAGCUUCAUGGCUGAGGGGGGAUUUGGACCCUGGUCUCCCUGGUUGGUCCUAGUCCAACACUCUGACCACUGCAUAGCACUGGCUCUCAGUAUCCAUGCAAAAUUGUUGGCAUCAAAAUGUCAACCAUUUACCCUUUUCCUGGAAAAUCUAGUAAGUUAGGAAAAAACACACACCAAAAGUCUCUUGCUAAGGAUCCAUUCCUGUAGCCCUCUUAGUUAAAGUUUUUUUGUAUGCUGUGUUUUAGCUAUUUGGGCUCUGCCCACAAAACAGCCUGCAUACAGUUCAAAUAUAGUCAAAGCAAAAUGAAAAUCAGAGGUACAGUAAUCAAAAUUCAAUAAAUUGCAACACAGGUGUCUGCUACAGGUGCUGCUUGCAACAGAACAGAGUUAGUCCAUAAGUAGCAGAAGCGAUGAAAAGUCCUCAUUGCUUAAAACCCUUGCUGUUGUUAGUGAUACCUACCACUUUAAAUAAUCUUACAUCUUUCCCUACAAACUUCUGAUAUUACUGUAAGCCUUACAACAAAGGGAACAGUAAGAAAGGCUAGUACUGUUCCCCUAACAGUAUACAGAUGCUUGUAUACUAAGACUGAUGGCCUUUUAAGACUGCCCACUGAGAUCUCAGUGACUCAGGCUAGAGCUACUCAUGGUGCAGAGGAGGGAGAAAAACUGUACUUACAUGACACUCUGAGUUAGGGACAAUUUCUUCCCAACCCCAUAUAUGGCAGCAACACAAAUAUGAUAACAAAAUUAACUCACUGAGACUGUCAAGGGGAAUUUUUCUUUUCUCUCUGGCCCGAGUCCACCCAAAUCUGGUGUUUCGGCCCCAGUUGUAGGGCUGAUACUCUACUUCCCAAUCAGAAAAAUUGGCAGAAGAAGCUUGUCUUUCCCCAAGAGGGGCAAUGAGGUGGAUUUCGCACUUAAGUGCUUCCAGGUAUUUGGGUGUCAAGAGCUGUACAACCAGGAGCACACACUGUUAAUUGUUCCGCCUCAUUUUGCUGAGUGGCUGUGUGCCAGAGUGCCUGUGUGUCCCUGGUGAGUGCUUUAAAUGGCACAGUGUUUACUUGGAGAUUUGCCUAGGACAUGCAGAUUGCUUCAGCAUUUGAUGUCCCCAUCUCUGCGGCUGCAAAUUUCAGCUUCAGGUUAGGUGCUCUGCCUUCUUUGAACUGAAGCAGACGGACACCCUUUCUCACUCCAGCCCAUUCCUCAACAGACACUGAAGAGCCAGAGACAAAGUGCUUGUGUGGCUGCCAUUAUUGUUGUCCAAUUUACUUUAUUGGAUUAUCUUUCUGACGGACGUUUAUGAGUCACUGAUGUUUUUCCCUGCCUCUGUAACUGAAAGGAAGACUGGCCAAGGGAAAGAAGAAAGCAUAAGGGGAAGUUGAUCUUAACCGAGAUUUCUCUAGAAACAUGCAUUUGUCUUCACUGCCAGAGUCAGCACCAGGCAUCAGCAUCGUGGCGCACCUGCUCUUUGAGUCCCAGGCCACAGUCGGGGACCCACUGCCAAUAUUUGGAGCCCCUGGUUCCCUCUACUCCUUCUCCUCCUCCACUUUGCUCUUUCCUGUUGCUGCCUGCCUGUUCACCCUCUCUAAGCAAACAAGUAGUGAAAUGAGUGAAGCCUGUCCAUAAGUUGCACCCUCUCCUGCAGGGAGCUAAUGUGGAUUGAACUCAGAGAUAGAGGCAAGCAAUAAGGUGGCCAUGUGUCCUGCUUUACAGAGAACAGUGCCCUGUUCGAAGACAUCCUCGAUUUGAAGGGCAGUCUGACCUAAUGGUUGUAUCACUGCAUUCACAGAACAACUUCUGUGAGCGCAGCAGAACUGCCCCCUCUCCCCCAAGCAUGUCCUGCCUCCAGAUCUGCUCUGGAGGGAUGGUAGGACAUUCUCUUGUGGGGUGUCAUUUUUUUAACAAAUUCCCUGCAUCUUUGGUGCUCCCUCGUCACAAGAAACAACAGUCCAUGUUCCCAACUGCAGGAAAUGCUAGAAUGCAAUGGGAGGCUAUGCCAGCAUGAAGAGUAAAGCUCCCGACACUGUGCAAGAUUUGAAGAUGGGAUGCAAUGGACAAAGAGUGCCGAGUGCUAUGUCUAUUGUGUAGAAGCAUGCCUGGUCCCAACAAUGUAAUAAAUAUAAAUAUGCAUCGGCCUAUAAGCUCCUCUGCCUUUAACACUGGCCACUCGCUGGGUGUGCUACGUGAAACCACAAUUAAUCAACCCUGCAACGGUUUCAAUAGGGACUGACUUCCUCACAUCAGAAAUGGGUACAGAUAAAAUUUUAACCGGAAACAGGAUGUCACGUAGAACAUGCAGCAGGUGCUUUCUAUUAUGCUGUUGCUUUGUUUAUAAAAUUUAUAUAUCCCCUUUCUUCCAUACUUCCCUCCCCACAGUUUCCAAGGCAGUGUUGCCUUUAUUUGGCCAGGGUUACAGAUGCUGGAAGAUCAUUUGAAAAAAACAAAACACAAAACCUCAGAGUUGGAGUUUAGUGUGGGAGGAUGCUCUUUCAAACGUUGUGGCCGUGUCUUAUGGUGCAAAACAUCUGGAGUGGGAGAUAUAGCAAGUCAGACAAGCUGCAGUUUUACCUUUACAGUAUUAUUAAAAGUCCAGAUGAGGAUGUGCUUUUCCUGCUGACUACAAGACUUGCAACGGUGAGGUUCUUGGUAUGAACAGGUCUGACCAUUUGCUUUGGCUGAAAAAAUGACUUAUCAGCUGAAAGUGACCAGAGGACAAAUGUGGUCCAUGGCAUAGUUUUAUAAUAUGCACCCAAUCAGGAGAGCAUAGAUGCAUCUCCCACAGCAUAGCAGGUUAUAGAGAGACCCACUUGGAUGAAUGGAAAAAUGUACUACCAUCACUGCCUAACUCUUGUUGCUCACUGUAAUAUGCCAAUGGUUUUUACAAGCCUAGUUUUGGUUUUGUUAUACAGUAUGUAAAAAUUGGUACUUUAGAGAACUGUUUGUCACAAGGCUUUUAAAUAAAAUAAUAAUAAAGUUACUCUAUACCAGGCAAAAGUGACUUAAGUUUCUUCCAAGUGCUGUGAUAAAAGCAAGAUUUUGUGGCUGGGACAUUUGGCUGCAUUGCAAUGCAAAAUCUUCAUAGUUGUUUUAAAUCCUCUGUGUUCCUCAUGGAUACUUCACUAUGGAGGAAAAUGUUGGGAAUGUUACUAAGCCUUUUACUUCUGUCACAAAUUGCUUUGUGAUUUUUUUCAGCAGUGUCUGGAAGGAGAAUCCAUAUAAUCACAAGGAUGCAAGGUUAAUAUCACUUGUAUCCUGCUGCCCCAAGGGUAGCAGAGUGAUACUGUAAAAUACAAAGCAGUACGCCACUGAUACACAGUAUUGAUUUUGUUAAUACAUUACAUUUGUUAUCAGGCAAAGGACAAGUGGUUUCUUCUAAAUAAUUAAUAUUGUGAUCUAAAGCACUGGAUAAAAGAGGCAAAAAAUCUCUUAGAACCUCCUCCUAAUGCCUUUCCUUUCCUUUCCUUUCCUUUCCUUUUUUUUUUUUUUUUUUUUUUUGCUUACUCAUUUCUCCCCCCUUCAGUUCCAGUGA